AUGUCGCUCGAAGCCGUCGACCUCAAGAACAAGGGCAACAAGGCCUUCUCCGCCGGUGAUUUCCCAGGUGCCAUCGACUUCUACACCAAGGCCAUCGAGUUGAACGACAAGGAGCCUACCUUCUUCACCAACCGAGCACAAGCAUACAUCAAGACGGAAGCGUAUGGAUACGCCAUCGCCGACGCCGGCAAGGCCAUCGAGCUGAGCCCAAAGCUCAUCAAGGCGCACUAUCGUCGAGGUCUUGCCCGGAUAGCCAUCCUCCGACCGAAGGAAGCCAUCGACGAUUUUAAGGAGUGCGUGAGGCUCGACCCGGCCAACAAGGAUGCGAAGCUCAAGCUGGAAGACUGCAAGAAGAUUGUGCGGCAGCUCGCGUUUUUUGCCGCCAUCGAAGUCGGCGAUGAGCCCUCCGCCGCCGAGGGUCUUGACCUGGACUCGAUGGUCGUCGAAGCCGAGUACGACGGCGUUCGGCUCGAGAAUGACAUGACGCAGGAGUUCAUCGACGACAUGAUGGAACGGUUCAAGAAUGGCAAAAAGAUUCACCGCAAAUACGUCUACCAGAUCAUCAUCGCCGUCAAAAAGAUCGUCUACGAGGAGGCAACCAUGGUUGAGAUGGAGAUUCCCGACAACGUCGAACUCACCGUCUGCGGCGAUACUCAUGGGCAAUAUUUCGAUCUCAUGGAGCUCUUCCGUCGCAACGGCACGCCCAGUGAGAAGCACUGGUAUCUUUUCAAUGGUGACUUUGUCGACCGAGGAUCUUGGUCGACCGAAAUCGCCCUGCUUCUCUAUGCUUUCAAAUGGCUGAGGCCCAGCGGUUUCUUCCUGAACCGUGGCAAUCACGAGACGGACGAUAUGAACAGGGUGUACGGAUUUGAGGGAGAAUGCAAAGCAAAAUACAACGAAAGAACCUUUAAGCUAUUUUCCGAGAGUUUCUCCGCUCUGCCGUUGGCGACGCUGGUGGGGAAGAAGUACCUGGUCCUGCACGGCGGCCUCUUCUCUGACGACAGCGUCACCUUGAAUGAUAUCCGCAAAUUGAACCGGCACAAUCAGCGCCAGCCGGGCCAGGCUGGCCUCAUGAUGGAAAUGCUGUGGACGGACCCGCAAGAGGAGGAAGGCCGUGGGCCGAGCAAGAGAGGCGUCGGCAUGCAGUUUGGUCCGGACAUCACGAAGCGCUUCUGCGAGAACAACGGCCUCGAAGCGGUCAUCCGCAGCCACGAGGUGCGCAUGGAUGGCUACGAAGUCCAGCACGAUGGUCGAUGCAUUACAGUCUUCUCCGCUCCCAGGUACUGCGACUCGACUGAGAAUCGGGGCGCGUACAUCAACAUCGGAUCCGACUACAAGCUCAAAUACGAGCAGUUCGAUGCCGUGCCCCAUCCGGAUAUCAAGCCAAUGGUAGCACCGCCACCCGUUCAUUUUCCGCUGAACUCGAUGCUGAUUUUUGUCCCACAGGCGUAUUCGCAGAGCUCUCUCAUGUCGUCUUUGAUGUGA